AUGCUACGAUUGAAAUCUGUCGGCGCGAUCUUGCUAGCCCUGAGCUUUCUCUUUAACAGAGCUCAAGGAGAUCCCUCAGAAAGUGAAAGAAUAGUUAUCGGCUAUCGAACAGUUGACCCAGUGGAAGCCGAGGAAAUCAAUGAGGACAAUAAGCCAACCAGAGAUCCAUGGUACGAUGGAGCUCGCGCGCACAUCAAUCAACUAGGAGACGGCUUGUACCUAACACAAAAACCUGCUAGCUGGGCAGGUAAUCCACAUAUAAGAAAUUGGUAUUGUGUUAUUAAAGCGGAUAAGACUAAGUUUGCAGAGGCGCGCAAGAUAUUCAUCCCGGAAUAUUUUCAGGUCAUGAGUUGGUCCGGUAUUCGGGAUAGAGUGUUGUGGCGCGGGGGCGAAGAACUUAUCGUACACUAUAUCAAGUAUAAUAUACCAGAAGACCCCGACAGAGUGCUACGCUUCGCAUGGAUCUACAAUUCCAGUUCGGACUUGCAGAUGCUAAUUCCAAGCGAUUUUUUAAAUGACGAUGAGUUGGAUUUUUGGGCUAAAUGCUUUGAAACAAAGGAAGAGCUGCUAGCCCAUUCGAGCGAAUUUGUUGAUUGGGAGAAAUGGAAUAUUGAAGGAAAUCUUGGACCACCGAGCCUUGAAUCUUUCGUUCCAUGGAUAAAUGAUGUUUGA